AUGACCUCUCCGUUUAGCCUUUUCAUUGUUUUGGCACUGGGCACUUUGGGUGGCGCUUUUCCCCGCAUCGCAUUACGGGACUUUCACCGGCAUGUGGGAAAAGACUUCGAAUCAUCCGGGAAUGGACCAGACGAACCUAUUCGGGGAUCUGUCAGAGUGGUCAAACUAAGCCCUCAUUUUCUGAGACGGGCAGCCGGUGCCUUUGGCAAUCAUGUGCCGUUAAGACCCCCACCCAGUCGCAGCGCGUUUCCUGCUUUUUUGGCCCUCGGGCGUCCUGGACCUUCGGCCCUUGCCCAUAAUAAACCUGCUGCCCUGCUGCCUCACCUGAGCGCGAGCAGCUCCGACGACGCGAGAAAGAAACAGGGUCUCGAGGUGUGGCAGAAGGUGACGCACAAAAGCGAGCGAGCCAAAGAAGCUGUGGCACUUCAUAUCAAUCCUAAAGACAUGAGCAAACAGAGCUGUGGCGCCGUGCCCUUCACCCAGCGCAUAACGGAGGACGGCUGUGAGACGGUGAUCGUUCACAAUAAUCUCUGCUUUGGUCAGUGCAGCUCCAUGUUCGUCCCAUCCAGUGGAGCGUCUCGUGGACAGCGGGAAGCGCACUGCACGCGAUGCGGCCCCGUUAAAACGCGCUCUGUGGUCGUGCCGCUCCGCUGCGGGACGGAGGCGCGUGAGAGGCGCGUCAUGAUCGUUGAGGAGUGCAAAUGCGAGACUGGAGGCGUGGAGCUCAAAGUUCACAACACAGAAAUGAUUCAAUUAUGACAGCCAUGUUAAAGAUCUCAUUUAUUACAGAUAGGCCUAUUUUUCCUAUUCAGUCCCUCAGUGGUGGUGUGAGCGAUUUGUGAUGCAAGUCUUACGUGUCUGACAAGUGGCCGAAAUAAGAUUCGGUUCAUGCGGAAUGUAUUUACUAAAUUAAACACGAGAACCUGGAAAUUCCGGGAACUUUCUGUAAACUGCCGUCUGAUACUCCAGCGGUAUUUUUGUUGUUUAGUGUAGGCUAAUGAUGACGAUGUUGUUCCUAAAGAUGAACUCACUGUUCUUUUAUGUCAUUGCUUUGUUCUACCAGUGAAUGUCGCUGUUGUAAGCAAAUGAUUGUUGCUCUAAAGAACAGGUUGAAUUCGGGUAAAUUGGGCCACUUUUUGACACUGAGAUGCCAAAUUUAUAAUUGACUCUAUAAAGCCGGUUUAACAUUGCAGAUGAGGCUGUCUUUGUUGAUGUAUAUUUAAGUCAACCUAUAGGGGCAUAUCAUGCUUAAGUUCUCAAUUUUCAGGGGGUGGGGGGUUCUGUACAAUAUAUCAGCAAAAGUAAUAUUCAUACUAUGGAAAAAAGGUUUUGUGCAUGUUUAAGAAAUGAAGAAAAGAUUUAUAAAAGCAAAACAUGUUUCAGUGCUUUUUCUUUGGUUUUGUUUAAAUGACAAUGACGAUAAAAUACAUUCAGUGGUUACAUUAUUAAAGUUUGACUUCUGAACUUUGAGCCACCUCAUUUCAAUUGUAGUGGCAUGCCACCCAACAUUUUCACAUAAAAGGAAUAUCGUCAUGGGCGUAGAUUGUGGGGGAGAUGGGGGGAGGUAACCCUCCAGUAACACUGUGUAACAAUUUUGUUUAUUUAUUUUUUGUUCCUGGGUAGUAAGU